AGAUCCACGUUGAGUGCUUCUUUCGUCUCGAAGCUAGACGAGUCUGCUUCAUCCAUCAAAUCACGAUUAAGUUGUCAGCAGGAGAAGUUUAUUGUAGUGCUUGGUACAACUUGUUAGAUUGGUUCCCUUAGCAGGGCUAAGGUUUUUUUCAUUAGAAACUCAACUGCGACUUGUAGUUCUUUCAAUGAGUCGGACACAAUACUAAGUCAUGAUUCAAACGUGGGUAAAAAGAAGUAAUUCAGUAACAGUAUUAACGUUGAGUUUUUAACCCAGAUAAAAAAGUGGAUUUGGUCAAAAUGACUGGGUACCAUCGAGGUACUUUCGGGGAGCUAAGCAGCUGUGAGCUCUCGGAGCUGUUUGGUUGUGGUAGUGGAGCAACGAUUCCUGUGGCGUCUGCGACCACACAUCAAAGUAAAAGUGAUCAAGAACAGCCUUCCAGUCUAGAGGAGUCGAAAGCUUCCACUUCCACAAGAACGAAUCCUACCAUACAGGAGUCGGAGUAUGCUGAUGCGAUUGCCGACACUAUAGUUCUCUCGGCGCAUGGUAUGGGUUAUGAACUGGAGGUACCAAGGAGUACUAUGGCCUGCCUGUCCAAAGUGGAUCCUAGGGCUUUGGCCGUGUCAGCGAGUGUUCUUUUAGAAGUGACAGCACCAACUACGAACAGGAACAAAUCUCAAGAAGCGGAUGCUAGUGCGCGAGAAGCCAUGCUUUGGGAUGCUUAUGAAGACACCGAGGAUGCCGAUUUCAAUGCUGCCAUCGAACUUUUUAGCUGUGAGGAUGUAGCCCGUGUCCCUGUAGGAUUCGCUUUUUGGGAUGCAGGUCACGCCCUAGCUGUGUUUCUGCAUGAAAUACAAGUGGGGGGUGAAGAAAUAAAGAUACGCCACGAUGCAGAGGAAGCAGGAAGUAGAGCGAAGGUGGUCUCGAACGACCUAGUUGUACCAGGAUACUUGUCUUCGCUCCUUCAACAAGCAAGUCGGAAUAAAAGCGUGUUAGAACUGGGUUGUGGCGCGUGUCCGUUGCCUAGUUUGGUGGCUAAGCGUGAGCUGGGGUCAAAGCGAGUCGUUGCAACAGAUUUUGAGCCACGGGUACUGGAAUUCGCUAGAAAAAAUGUGGAGAGGAAUCAGAUUCGAGACUGUCUUUUCAUCGGGAAAACAAGUUUGUCGAAUGCCAAGGAUUUUCAGAAUGCAAGCGUGUGGAAAGACCAUAAUGACCAUGAUAUCGACUUAUGCUAUCAUGCUUUUGGCGAUUUCUCGAAUGGUCCUCUUCUUGGUAGAGAUGAAGAAUAUGGUGUUGGUGAUGUCGACGACGAUGAGAGGACUCUUCUGUCACCAACUUCCAGUGUCUGCAGCACACGUGAUGCCACGCUCUCGCCAUCAUCCAGUGUGUGCAGUACGCGGGACACAACGCCAAUACGCGCAGGUAGAGAAAACGUUAAGAGCACAACAGUUUUUUCGGAAAAGAUAUUCAGCUUUCAGCAAACGACUCGCGACGGAUGCUCCCAAAAUCUACAAGAAAUGCACCAAGAUGAACACGACAAGUUCGACAUGAUCCUAGCUGCCGAUGUUGCCUACGUGCCACGCCCCGUUCAUAAAGAUUUGAGGAGGUCGCUUUUGCAUUUUUCACGACCAGCAGCCACGUCCUCUGCGGAUACGGAAAGCACUCCUGGAACCAUAUUAGUUCUCUCCCAUACAAGACGAAAGGCUGGACCGGAAAGGGAGUUUCUCGCAGAGCUGUUGCUUGACGGAUGGCAAGUAAUUUAUGCUAUGAAAGACGACCGAGAAAGAAGAUAUGAGAAGUAUGGUCGUAUUGCAAACAACGCUCAAAAAGGAAUGAUGCAUUCUGACAUUUACAUAUUGGUACUGGAAAGGAAAAAAUGAAACCAACGUAGUUUUUUUUGAUUAUAGUACUAACUUCGUAUUUGUAACAAGGCAGAUGCUGGUGGCAAGCAAAAAAUGAAAAUGACAUGUCAUGUUGUAGGUCUUGUACUUAUGCACAGAUGAUGGAUUCGAUGUGAUGGAUAGAAAAAAUAGUGUAGUAGUGAUUUGCUUGCUUGCGAUGUACCUACGUUUUUCUUUAGUUGCAUGCCUCUUCUGUCAGAAAAACGAUCGACAUAUUAUUUAUCAUAAAGUGUUGAUGACGACAGUCAACAUAAUUCGGUCUGUCCUACACCCUUGACGUCCCAUGAUGCAUUACCAACCUCAAACCUGCUGCCCGUGCAAUUCUAAGCGACAAUUUGCGACAAUUUAAUCUUCAAAUAUUACCAUGGUGAAACUCUCUCGGGUAGCUAAUUUAGCUACAUUGUUUAGGUAGUAUGGCGUGUGUUUACUUCAGUUGACGUAACUACAAUAUCGGUAGCUCUAGACCACCGCACAAGUUUUGUUCCCCAAAAUUUAUUUAGAUGAUCCGAAGCCGUUGUCAUAGUCGUG